AUGAGCAUGCAGACCUCCAACGGCGGCCACAACCCGUCGCCUCAGAGCGCUACUACUACCCACCAUCACCACCAGCAGCUCCUCCGCCACGAUCAGGACUCCGAAGACGGCCAUGGCUUCAACAGUGCCGACGAGAACGACAACGACAAUGACAACGAUGUCGACCAGGACGAUCAGGACCCUCUGCGCCUGGGAAAGCGCAAGAGGCCCAUUUCCGUCUCAUGUGAGCUCUGCAAGCAGAGAAAGGUGAAAUGUGACCGUGGCCAACCUUCCUGCGGCUGGUGCAGUCGCAAUGGUGCCAUUUGCGAAUACAAGGAGAGAAAGAAGCCUGGUUUGCGUGCCGGCUACGGGCGCGAGCUCGAGCAGCGUCUCGACAAGCUGGAGGAGGUUCUCAGAGCGCACGCCGAGAUCCUCCAGGCCUCCCUGACCUCGGGCCAGCACCAGCAUCACCACGGGGCGCCGCAUAGCCAUGCCACCCCCAGCGUGCGCGCCAGCAACCCCAGCCUGCCUAGCGAUCAUGGCACCCCUAGGGAGAACAACGUAUUCCGACCCUCGGAACCUACUCGUACGCCGCAAGCUGAGACUGCCCUCUUCUUACAGAAACCUUCUACCUACCCCUCCACCUCGCAGCCCAUGGAGUUUGGCAUGCCGCCGCCCACUCCCUCGAUGCACGAAUUCCAGCCUCAGCUGCCCAUGGGCUCCAUGCCCGCCCCGAACCAGGUCGCCAACAUGCAGCAGCCCAGCUCGGCUGCGCAGGCCUACUAUAACCCGAACCAGACGAACCAGCUUCACUCUCCCGACGUGCCCAUGACCCAGGCCGGCCAGAGCAACGUUACGCCGGACCAAGAUCUUCCGCCAUACGAUUUGCUCUAUGCGCUCGUCGACUUGUACUUCAAGCACAUCAACACGUGGUGCCCGAUCCUCCACAGAAAGACGACACUCGACUCGCUGUUCGGGCCCACGACCGUCGAGGAGACGGAUCGCAUACUUCUGCAUGCUAUCGUGGCCACAACGCUGCGAUACUCGACCGACUCGAGGCUCACCGAAGAGAGCAGAGAGCACUAUCACUCCAUUGCGAAACAGCGCGUCUUGCUCUACGGCAUGGAGCACUCGUCGGUCAAGUCGCUCCAGGCACUGGUCGUUUUGGCCCUGGAUCUGGUGGGCAGCAGCAAUGGGCCACCUGGCUGGAACAUCAUGGCUCUCAUCACGCGCUCCGUCGUUCAAUUGGGACUCGCAGUCGAGAGCACCUCGUUCUCCGUCUCUCCAAACUUCACCUCGAUCUAUACGCUCAGAGCCAUGAUAUUGCCGGAACCCAAAGACUUUAUCGAAGAGGAGUCGAGGCGACGCUUGUUCUGGAUGAUUUACCUUCUUGACCGCUACGCGACCAUCGCCACGGCUUUCGAGUUUGCGCUCGACGACAAGGAGAUCGACAGGACGCUCCCCUGUCGCGACGACCUGUGGAUCAAGAACCAAAAGGUCGAGACGCGAUGGUUCAGGUUGCAGGAGCAGGAGGAGCCCAAUCCGGAAUACGAUGUCAAUAAGCCGGAGAACCUUGGUGCCUUCUCCUACUACAUUGAGAUUUUGGCCAUCCUUUCCAAGGUGCACAAGUUUCUCAAGCUGCCCGUAGACAUCAGCGCGCUGAGCGACGUCGAGCAGUGGCAGAUGCGCUACAAAGAGCUGGACAACAUGUUGACGUCUUGGAAGUUUGGCUUACCUGGGGAGUACGGGAACAUGGCCAAACUGUUCCAGCCCGGAAACAAGACACUCAACUGCGGAUGGGUCAUGUUGCACGCCACCUACCAUACGGCCGUCAUCCGGCUGCACUCGUCGGCGGCGUACCCCACAACCCGAUCUCCCAUAUUCACGCCCUCCUACAGCGCAUCUCAACGAUGCCAUGGUGCCGUCGAGAACAUCGCCGCGCUCGGCGAAUUUGUCGUGAACAACGGCCUACUCCCCAAGCUGGGGCCUCCAUUCGCCUUCACCCUGUGGGUAGCGGCCCGUCUUCUCCUAGUCCAUGGUUCGACGGUCGAACACAAGCUGUCACCGCAGAUCCAGUUCUUCGUAGACAGCCUGCGCGAGAUGGGGCGUUACUGGCCUGUCGCGGCGCGAUACUGCGAGCUGCUGCAGCGAGUGCUUGAUGAGCAUCGCGACAGCGAGCGCACCGGAGACGGUGUGACCCCGAGCUCAGUCAAGAUCCUCUCGGACAUGCGGCGCACCGCGUUCGACCUCGACUUCUUGAUCUCCCGGCAGCCGGGACCCAAUGGAGUCAUCACGCACAGCCGCAUGCCGAGCGUAACGCCGGCACGAACGCCGGCGCCCAACGAGCUCGAGUACCUAGACGUCUUUGACUUCUUCAACGUCCCAAGGCUGCCUUUUGGCGAGCAGAUUGCAGGUGUGCAAGGAAUGCCCCAGAACAACGGUGCACCACCAAGCAUGGAUGGCAGCAGCGGCGAGGCGCCUCAAGGACCGCCACCGCCGCAGCCGCAGCCGCCGAGCAACGAGUUCAACAUUACGAACUUUAUGGUCGAUGCCAACAGUGACUGGCUGUUCAAGCAAGAGGGUGGCAAGUACAUGUCUUGA